UUAAAUUAUUUACAUAUUUUUCUUAAAACAAAUUUUCAAUCAAGAAAUUGUUUUAAACAUUUUUCAAAUAUUUUAUUUUCGUUAAAUUUUAAUAAUUAAAAAACAUCAAAUAAUUAUAUUUGCUAAUUGUUGUAAAGAAAAUAUAAAAAAUGUUUGGUUUAAUGCGCGUACGCUUAAUUGGAGGAGCCGUUAAACGUUUUCAACAAAUGCGUAAUUAUGGAGCCCAGGCCAUCAAUCAAAUGUUACAAUUGCAACAUACAGAAAUCUGUGCCGACCCUCCUUCCAGAGGCUUGGUGCUGGGUGUUUACGCUGAUGAAGAAGAUAAAAAUGAUACUGGUAUUUUAACGCCUGCUGCAUGGCGUUAUAAUGUUCAGAGAACUGGAGGUCGCAUGCUAGAGGUUUUGCGUAUGUCUGGCCCCAUGCCCAAAAGAGGAGAGUGCCGUCUCUUGUUUGCCCAGGAAACGGAGAAAAUACCUUAUUAUUCAGCUGUGUCCAUUAUUGGUUUGGGCAAGGAAUGCUUGGGUUUUAAUCCCUAUGAAAUUUUGGACGAACAAAAGGAAGCCAUAAGGAGAUCUGUAGCCAAAGCCUGUAUGGCUUUGGCGCGCUUGGAUACUGAUCGUAUUGAGGUAGAAAACUGUGGCCAUGCUGAAUCGGCGGCUGAAGGUGCUGCUUUGGGUGUUUGGGCAUAUCAAGAGUUGAGGGAUCCCAAAAAUCGUGUAGAUGUGCCCUCUAUUGAUUUGUUCACUUACAAAGAUGAAAUUUGUGACAUUGAGGGAUGGCGCAUUGGCUUGCAAAAGGCUGCUGCCCAAAAUCUCACCAGACAAUUGCAAGAAAUGCCCUCAAACCUUUUAACUCCUACAGCAUUUGCUCAGAAUGUUGUGGAGGUCUUGUGUAAGUCGGGUGUUAAUGUAGAGGUUAAGGUCGAAGGUUGGGCGGAAAGUCAAACAAUGAAUGCUUUUCUAUCGGUUGGCAAGGCUUCAUGUGAGCCUCCCAUAUUUUUGGAAUUAAGCUAUUAUGGCACUUCGCCCGAAGAAAGGCCGAUAGUGUUGGUGGGCCAAGGCAUCACAUACGAUUGUGGUGGUUUGUGUCUUAAGGAAAAGGAAGAGUUGUUUAACAUGAGAGGCGAUAUGACUGGGGCAGCUGUUGUGGUGGCAACUUGUAGGGCAAUAGCUGGUUUACGUUUGCCGGUCAAUAUAAGAGGUUUAAUACCGCUUUGUGAAAAUGUUAUUGGAUGCAAUGCGUUCCGUCCUGGUGACACCGUUAAGGCCAUGAAUGGCAAACACAUUAAAAUUCAAGGUACAGAUCACGAGGAUCACUUGGUUCUAGCCGAUGCCUUAUUAUAUGCCCAAAACUUUUGUCCCAAAUGUAUAAUUGAUGUUGGUACCACCUCGGGAUGUAUGCGUCAGGCAUUGGGAGAAGCAGCAUGUGGCGUUUUCACCAAUUCGGAAAUCCUGUGGCAACAAAUAAAACAUGCCAGCAUGCAUACUGGCGAUCGAGUGUGGCGUUUUCCACUUUGGUGGUAUUACACGAGUGAAAUAAAGGCAGGCAUGUCAUCGGAUGUACAGAAUUAUGGCUCAGGAACGGGCGGAAGACCAUGUAAGGCAGCAGCGUUUUUGCGUGAAUUUGUGCCCUGCGGUCAAUGGAUGCAUAUUGAUGCCACAAAUGUCAUGACAACUGAUGGUGUAUGCUUUGACUAUUUGCGCAGAGGAAUGGCUGGUAGACCAACACGUACUUUAAUCGAAUUUAUAGCCCAAACCAUUUGCAAAGAUACAGCUCCCAAAAUGCCCAAAAAGGAAAAAUAAAUCUUACCCGGAACUUGUUUUGUAAUGUAACUUAAAAAUUGUUUAGUGUAUUCAUUUUUGUUUUUCUAAUAUUUUUAACUAUUCUUUUACAAAAUAAAUGAUUCUCCUUUAAAUUUGUUAGUAGUAUUAAAUAAAUAUUUGUAUAUAUUUAAAUAACAAAUUACA